UAAUGCGAAAUCAGGGUCUUGCAGCGAAAGGACCCCUGUCGCAGCCUUGUUGCUGCUCUCCGCGAACGGCAAGAGGCUAGCCAGUGCACUCUGCUAGCCCAUCGAGAAUAUGGGGGGCAAUCGGGAAAACGACUAACGGCAUCGACGUCAUGGCCCACCUGGCUCCACUCUGCCUCCUGUUCAGCCACAUGAACCUUGUUGCGGUGCCUGUUCUGAAGGGUCCAGAACUCUCUUCCACGCGGACUUCAAACGCUGCGACAGACGAUGACUUAGAAGAUCGAGAUUUCUUUUGCGAUCGUCACUCUCUUCGGACCCUGCGACCCCGUAGCUCUGCCCACUUUGCAGCCACACCGGUCCUUUUCGCUGCCUCAUCUAUCCUUUUCUUCACAUCGCGCGUGCUUGCAAGGCAUGAUAGCCAGGAACAUGCCGAGAAGAGUCGUGCCCUGCGUUCCCGAAGCGUCCGAUGUUCACUUAUAGAAAAGCUCCGCGGGAGAUCAAGGGAUGAUGUCAGAGGAUCCACCCUAUCACGAGCUGAGGAAGAUGUUCCUGGUUGCUGCUGAAUGGCCGCCCUUAAUGUUAGCCCCCAUCAGAUAGCGCUCUUAUCCAUGUCGCCUAUAAGCCAGCGACGGUGCUGUUUGAUCAACACCGUGCGAACGCACCGGUGCAUGACAGCCAGCCAUCAAGGAAAGCAAACAACACUGUGCUCA